AUGGCUCUAAGCAAAACAUUUGCAAUUGUCUGGCUUGAUACUUAUAUUUCUGCUCGCGGUCAAUACCAGCAAUUAAAAUCGACUUUUCAAGCUGAACUAGCUCCUGUGGCUGCAGCAGUUCCUGUCGAUCCGAUCGACCAACUGAUCGUCUGUAUACGAGAAACAUGUGCACCAGUUAUAUUUGCACCAACGGUUGAAGAAACAUUGUCAAUUAUAGAAAGGCUCGUAGAAGACAAUAAAUUUGUGGUUCUAAUUACUUCUGGGUCAUUGGGAAGCGUUAUUUUACCAGAAAUACAACGUCGUUCGUUAACUUUACAUUCGUACUAUAUUUUCUGUGCAAAUAUGACUCACCAUGCCGAAUGGGUACUAGAAUAUCUGGAUCAAGGUCUAGAGAUACAAAUGUUUGACUUUGAAAUUACUCUUCUAACACGUUUGGCAAGGGAUUUAAGUAAUGAAUUGAUUAAACAAGGUAACGAGUUACUGAACACGGAUCCACUGUCUGCUUUGAAUUACUUUCAAUGUGCCCGUGUUUUGGCAGAAAAUGCUGUAGCACGAGAUAUGUCAUCAAAUGCAACAGAUCUGCAUCGACCGUCGACUAAACAUCGAGAAAUCUUGGAUGGUGAGAAUGGUCUAAUUGCGCAAGCCCAAAGAGCUUGCAAUCGUAAUAAUGUUUGA